AUGGCAUCAUCAGUUCCUGGCCCAGUGGUUUUACCAGAAUCAAGAUAUGACCUAUCCACGUAUACUGGUAGAGUGAAACAUUGCGCGGAGAUCUCAGAUCCUACCCUGCUUCUAUCAAGUAAAACAGACAUCCAGAAGUCCAGGCAACUCAUUUGGGACUACAAAAAUGGUGUGAUUCCUCGGAUGACCUCGGAAUUAUGGCGUGCCAAGAAGAUAUUGGACUCUUCUGUCCAUCCAGAUACAGGCGAAACCGUUUUCUUCCCUUUCAGAAUGUCUUGCUGUGUUCUUUCCAAUUUGGUAGUCACAGCGGGUAUGCUAACGCCGGGAUUAGGCAGUGUCGGUACUGUCUUUUGGCAAAUAGCCAACCAAUCCUUGAACGUUGCCAUCAACACUGCAAACGGCAACAAGUCACAUCCCCUAACAACCAAGCAGCUUGUGUCCAGUUACUUUUUGGCCGUUGGCUCGUCGUGCGGUGUGGCUCUUGGCUUAAAUUCAGUCAUUCCAAAGUUGAAGAAUGUUGAUGUACACACAAGAUUGAUUCUCGGCAGAUUGGUGCCUUUCGCUGCAGUGGUGGCUGCUGGCAUAGUUAAUGUCUUUCUAAUGAGAGGAGAAGAAAUCAGGCAAGGUAUUUCAGUGUUUGAUAAUGACGGUAAUGAUAUAGGCUCAUCAAAAAAGGCUGCUUUCCAGGCCGUUGGUGAGACUGCUGCCUCCAGAGUAAUCAAUGCUACUCCGAUUAUGGUGAUUCCUCCCUUGAUCUUGCUCAGAUUACAAAAAGGAUUAUUAAGAGGAAGAGGCCUUGGAAUCCAGACUGUUACAAAUAUCGGAUUAAUUGCCGUUACUUCGUUUGCCGUUCUUCCAUUUGCCUUGGCCAUAUUCCCUCAAAGAAGAAUUGUUAAUCCAGAUAGGCUAGAGGAUAAGUUCCACAAUCUCAAGGAUAAAAACGGAAAAGUCAUCUCUGCAGUCCAAUUUAAUAGGGGCUUGUGA